GCACAGAGCGGCGGCUGAGCAUCCUUGCGCUCAGCGCUCACCAGAGACAGAUCGCAGAGGCAGCUCUGAGAUUUUUCUAUCAACACCAAGACUCUGGCUGUAUCCGGAUGCACCCUGAAGAGUCCAAGGAGCUGAGGAGCCGUGGGUCGUCCACAAGGAGAUUCUCAAGGAUGUCUCAGGGCCAGCAGAGUCUCUGUACCAUUUGAUCACAUUCCAGUUUUCCCCGUACCUCAGUUUCUGUUGCUAUGGAGACUUCGAAUGGGACUGAGUACUGGUAUAAGAGCCUCCACGCUGUGCUGAAGGCUCUGAAUACCACCCUUCACAGUCACUUGCUCUGCCGGCCUGGGCCAGCACCAGGAUCAGGACCAGCACUGGGGCCGGACAAUCAAACCGAGGAGCGUCGGGCCAGCCUUCCUGGUCGUAAUGACAACUCCUACAUGUAUAUUCUUUUCGUUAUGUUCCUAUUUGCUGUCACUGUGGGCAGCCUCAUUUUGGGAUACACCCGCUCACGCAAAGUGGACAAACGUAGUGACCCCUAUCAUGUGUACAUUAAGAACCGUGUGUCUAUGAUCUGAUGUGAGGCGCCCAAGGAUGAUGGAAGAUUAUGAUGCCUGAGGAUUGUCCUCUUGGGCCUCCGGAACUCAUCUGGACCCUGUCAAGCCUCAGUGUCUCUAUCUACAUAAGAACAACAAGGAAGAGAAGUCAUCACUGGGACCAGAGACGAGGGCCUUGUCAGGCUUGGCCUUGUGGAUAAGACAUUUUUCUCGACAAAAGAUGGGCAUUAUAAACUGGGAGCCCAUGAACAAAUAUAUGCAAAUAUGGACAGCUGGGGAGUAGAAGAAGCUGUGGUGAAGGAAAAUGGACCAGGAAGAUGCUCUGGACACACAAUAUUUUAACAUAUGAUCAUCAACAUGAGAAACCUUGCUAAAGAGCGAUGCUACUUAUUUGUAUUAAGUCAUGUUUUGUUUAAAUGCACUUACCAUGUGUGGGGUUUGCCUCACCUACCAAGAAAGCAGAACAAAGCCAUGACUAGAAUCCAGGAACUCAAUGGUCCUUUUUGUCUAGGACUUUUCAACACCACACAGGGUAAGAUGCAGACUGGAAGAACUUGUGGCCAAGCAUAAUAAUGCAUGCCUGUAAUCCUAGCACUCAAGAAGCUGAGUGGGGAGGAUCAUUUGAGCUGAGGAGUUCAAGAUCAGCUUGAGCAAGCCCUAUCUUGGUAGGGAGUUGGUGGGGGCUGCAGAGAAAUAUCUUACUUUACAAAUGUUAUCAAAGACAUGCCACUGUGUUAAUGUAUUGUUCAGGCACUUCUGGGAUCUUAAGACAGACUGUAAAGUACAGGGUCCUGAGCUACACUCAUCAGUGACAUGGUCAUGAGCUUCAUGAGCCAUGUCAUUGUGCCCUUCCCAGUCACGGCUCCAAUUCCAGGGACUUCACACCCUCGGAUGUAGCUUCUUCUACUCUAAAUUCUAUGAGAGAUAUUCUAAUACCAGUUUGAAAUUUGCUUGUAGGAGAUUAUUAUUAUACCUAGGAGAUGACCAUGAUCACAGAUACAGUGCGUAAAAGACUUCGUUCAAUGGGAGAACUAGCCAGCAUCUCACUUUUAAAGUGCUGUUUAGUUUUAGUUGGUUGUGCUGGUUAGUGGUUUUUUGCUUGUUUGUUUAUUUUUGUCAACUUGACGCAAUGUAGAGUCAUCUGAGAAAAGGGAACCUCAGCUAAGAAAAUGCCCCCAUUAGACUGGCCUGUAGGCUAUUUUCUUGAUUGAUGGUUGGUGUUGAAGGGCCCAGCCCACUGUGAAUAGGGCCAUCUUUGGGUAGUGGUCCUGGGGUAUAUAGGAACGCAAGACGAAUAAUCCAGGAGGAGGAAGCCAGUUUGUGGCUUUCCCCAUAGAUUCCUGCCCUGAUUUUCCUCGGUGAUGGAUUGUGAUCUGAGUGAUAUAAGAUGAAAUAAACCCUUUCAUAAUAAUGUGAUUAUGAUGCUUAUCACAACACUAAAAACCCCUAGCUAAGACAGCUGGUUACCUCUCUUUCUCUCUCUUUAGUCUUAUAAAAUAUUUAGACUUGCAAGUUGAAAUGGCUUAUCAAUUCCUAGAAGGCCUCAAUGAAACAUACAUUUCUGUAUUCAGCAGCCUCUCAGGGGGCUUUUGGUAGCAGUUAUCUCAAUGGCAUAGGACUUCAGUGAUCCUUCCUUUCCACUUCAGCAGUGUGUGUGAUACUUGCAUUAUAAAGGGCAGGAAAGCUGCUUCUCCCUUGAAACAGUAAAACCAAAUGCUUCUUGGUUAAAAGCUGCUCUUACAGACGACCCAGGUUUGGCUCGCAGCUUUCUUGUGAUGGCUCACAACCGUCUAACUCCUGUUCUAAGGGAUCCAAUGUCUUCUUCUGGCCUCUGUGGGCACCAGGCAUGCAUAUAGUGCACAGACAUACAUAAAGACAA